AUGCCCAGCCAAGACCUGUGUCAAGUCUCGAAUCAGUCGCGUUCGAACUUGGACAGGCACUGGGUCCCGACUCCGAUGGAAAGGCCACGAGAAGCAGUUGUUAACCUGGUUACCGGACCAGGAAAAAAGAACACCAUCAUCGAGAUCCUCCAAGUGGAAUCGCAGUGGGCGGACCGCUACAAGAUCCCGGAAGGUCCCAUGGCUGGGCACGGCGAUGGAAUGGCUCGCGCAUGGUUCCUCCCCGAAGGCAAGGUGGAAGGAACGGUUUGGUAUCACCCGCAAUUGGACCAGGGCAUUUUCGCGGGGCAGGCAAACGGAGGAUACAAGCGUGCGUACGCCAAAGUGGAAGACCGUGGAGCCGAGAACCCCCUUGAACGUGCUAUGAAGAGACUCCGCAGGUCGCCUUCAAACAAGGUCAACAUAAUUGAUUUGACCAUCCAGGCCGCCCCUGAGCUCGACCUUUCUGAUGCUGAGGCCUAG